AUGUCGCUGCAUCCUCAGGCUGGACUAGGCGCGAGAAGUGCAGCUCUUGCUGGAGACAAUGCAUCGUCGUCACGUCUCCAGCAGCGCCGUGCUUGCAGAUCUUCCAAGACCGACGCUUCUGAAGCAGAUGACUUUCGAGCUCGCAUGGGUUCGAAGACGGAACUAGCCUCUUCACAGGUCAUUGAUGGGAGCGGGGAUGAAGACGAUCAGGAACAAGAUCGUAGCAAGUACGACGACCGAAAAGCAUCAAAAGACGACGAAACGCCGCUGUCGCCCCCGAUCGUCACUGCAAGCUAUCCACCACCGCCAUCAGGACGUCGCCGCCCUUCGACAUCAGAUGGUCGCAUUGGCCCCUCCGCGCUACCGCCAGUAGACAGUGGAGCUGCUGCGUGGCGAUUCGUCGUAUGUGGAUUCGUGAUUUGGUCGAUGGUCUGGGGCAUCGCCUACUCGUACGGAAGCUUCCAAGAUUACCACGAGCACAAUCCUGAAUCGCCUUUCUACGGCAACAGUGUCACCAGCAUUUCGGCUGUUGGCACGCUGGUGAUUGGCUGCCAGCAUUUCAUUCCGUUGCUCCUCCGGGGUUUUACCAGCGCGUAUGCGCAUCUGCUCGGCAAGACGGUGAUGGUCAGUCUGGGGCUGAGCGUGGUUUCGAUCUUGGUCGCGUCGUUUUCCAAGUCAAUCGCUAUGCUGAUCGCGUUUCAGGGCGUCUGUUUCGGCAUGACUAGCGGGGUACUUCUGAUGCCGGUGGUGCUCUACCUCGGUCAGUGGUUCGACAAGAGGAGGGGUUUGGCAACCAGUGUGAUCUUUAUGGGCUCGGGUGUGGGCGGUGUUGUGUUUCCGCUGGUUCUCAAUGCGCUGCUCACGUCGAUUGGGUUUGCUUGGACUAUGCGUGUCUGGGCGCUCGCACAAGUGCUGCUCAACGGUACAGCGCUGUACCUUAUCAAGCCGCGAAUACGCAGUCCUGCGUCGACGACGAGGCCGCAUGCCUCGAUCAAGCAGCUCGUUCGGCUGCUCGUGCCUGGCGAUCUGCGCCCUUUGCUGAAUCGCAUGGCUAUGAUUUACUUGGUGGUGAUCAUGCUGCAGGCGUUCGGCUGGUACAUUGUGUCUCUCUACAUUGCAACAUAUGCGACGGCACUUGGGUUCAGCUCUACGGUCUCGACGGGUAUCCUCUCUGCGUUCAAUGCGUCUGCGAUAGUCGGAUAUCUUAUCACGGGUCCGACGAUCGACAGGGUUUGCUUUCCACUUGGCAUGGCGGUCUCGUCUGGGCUCUGUGCGCUGACGGCGUUUGUUCUGUUUGGAUUUGCCACGUCGCUGGCGACGGUUCUCGUGUUCGUUCUCGCCUUUGGCGCUGCAGGCGGGGGGUUUGGGUGCUUCCUCACUCCGAUCGCCAGAGACGUUAGCGCAGUGACGCAGUCGGAUAACGCACUCCAGUUUCUCGCGUGGAUGUUCAUCCGUGGCAUCGCUGCAGUUUCGGGCCCGCUCAUUGGCUCCGCUCUCUAUCGUCCACACGUCGAUACGCAGCACGCACACCCGCAGUACGGCAUCAACGGUUUUCGUGGUCUCAUCAUUUUCGUAGGUGCAUCCAUGUCGUGUGCGUCGCUUGCAUCGUUCUUCGCCUUGUGGUGGCGCAAAUCCUCCUGA